AUGUUUUGCUAUUUAAAAAUACCUUCUUUCAACAUUUAUGAUGGUCCAGCCAGCGUGUACCUGUCCCCGUCAACAACGUCCUACACGGUAACGGAGGGAGACACUUUGACGGCUAUAACAUGCUAUGCCUAUUGCAACCCAUCCUGUUCGUACACGUGGUCCAGAUCAGGAUCGACGGUCAGCUAUACGGCCACACUGAGCCUCGGUCAGGCGGACAGGGGGGAGGCCGGAUCCUAUGUCUGUAAGGCAAGGAACACGGGAUCAGGUGUCUCAAAAAAUGGACCAGGAGUGAGCGUCACUGUCAGAUAUGGUCCAGACUCGGUGUUUCGGUCCCCAUCUACCAUAUCCUACACGGUGACGGAGGGACACACUUUGAGUGCUAUAACGUGCUAUGCCUAUUGCAACCCAACCUGUACGUACACCUGGUCCAGAUCAGGAUCGACGGUCAGCUAUACGGCCACACUGAACCUUGGUCAGGCUGUGAGAGGGGACGCCGGGUCCUAUACUUGUCAAGCAAGAAACAUGGCAUUAGGUCGAUCAAAGAAUGGAUCAGCAGUGAGCGUGAGUGUCAGAUAUGGUCCAGAAAACAUGUAUCUGUCCCCGUCUACCACGUCCUACACAGUGACGGAGGGACACACUUUGAGUACUAUAAGAUGCUAUGCCACUUGUAACCCAUCCUGUACGUACACGUGGUCCAGAUCAGGAUCGACGGUCAGUUCUACGGCUACACUGAGCCUCGGUCAGGCGGACAGGGGGGAAGCCGGAUCCUAUGUCUGUAAGGCAAGAAAUACGGGAUCAGGUGUCUCAAAGAAUGGACCAACAGUGAGCGUCAAUGUCAGAUAUGGUCCAGAAAACAUGUAUCUGUCCCCGUCUACCACGUCCUACACAGUGACGGAGGGACACACUUUGAGUACUAUAAGAUGCUAUGCCACUUGUAACCCGUCCUGUACGUACACGUGGUCAAGAUCAGGAUCGACGGUCAGCUCUACGGCCACACUGAGCCUCGGUCAGGCGGACAGGGGGGAUGCCGGAUCCUAUGUCUGUAAGGCAAGAAAUACGGGAUCAGGUGUCUCAAAGAAUGGACCAACAGUGAGCGUCACUGUCAGAUACGGUCCAGGCAUCGUGUCUUUGUCCCCGUCUACCACGUCCUACACGGUGACGGAGGGAGACACUUUGACCUCUAUAACAUGCUUUGCCACUUGUAAUCCGUCCUGUUCGUACACGUGGUCCAGAUCAGGAUCGACGGUCAGUUCUACGGCAACACUAAACCUUGGUCAGGCAGUGAGAGGGGAGGCCGGAUCCUAUGUUUGUACGGCAAGGAACACGGGAUCAGGUGUCUCAAAUAAUGGACCAGAAGUGAGCGUCACUGUCAGAGACAGUCCAUACAACGUGUCUCUGUCCCCUCCUACCACGUCCUACACGGUGACCGAGGGAAACACUAUACCGGCUAUAACGUGCUCUGCCAUUUGUUACCCGGCCUGUACGUACACGUGGUCCAGAUCAGGGGUGACGGUCAGUUCUACAGCCACACUGAACCUGCAUCAGGCUGUGAGAGGGGAGGCCGGAUCCUAUGUUUGUCAGGCAAGGAAUCCGUUAUCAGGUCGCUCAAAAAAUGGACCAACAUUGAGCAUCACUGUCAGAUACGGUCCAGGCAUCGUGUCUUUGUCCCCGUCUACCACGUCCUACACGGUGACGGAGGGAGACACUUUGACCUCUAUAACAUGCUAUGCCACAUGCUACCCAUCCUGUUCGUACACGUGGUCCAGAUCAGGAUCGACGGUCAGUUCUACGGCAACACUCAAUCUUGGUCAGGCAGUGAGAGGGGAGGCCGGAUCCUAUGUUUGUACGGCAAGGAACACGGGAUCAGGUGUUUCAAAUAAUGGAUCAGAAGUGAGCGUCACUGUCAGAGACAGUCCAUACAUCGUGUCUCUGUCCCCUCCUACCACGUCCUACACGGUGACCGAGGGAAACACUAUACCGGCUAUAACGUGCUCUGCCAUUUGUUACCCGGCCUGUACGUACACGUGGUCCAGAUCAGGGGUGACGGUCAGUUCUACAGCUACACUGAACCUGCAUCAGGCUGCGAGAGGGGAGGCCGGAUCCUAUGUCUGUCAGGCAAGGAAUCCGUUAUCAGGUCGCUCAAAAAAUGGACCAACAUUGAGCGUCACUGUCAGAUACGGUCCAGAGAACGUGUCCUUUUCCCCAACCCAGACGUCCUACACUGUGACAGAGGGAGACACUAUCAAGGCUAUAACUUGCUCUGCCACGUGUUACCCGUGUACAUACACGUGGUCAAUAUCAGGGGUGACGGUUAGUUCUACAGCUACACUGAACCUCGGCCAGGCGGAGAGAGGAGAGGCCGGUUCCUAUGUCUGUAGGGCAAGGAACUCAGGUUCAGGCAUCUCAAGAAGUGGACCAAGUGUAAUAGUCACCAUCAGAUACGGUCCAGACACAGUGUCUUUGUCCCCAUCAACCACGUCCUACACGGUGACCGAGGGAAACACUAUACCGGCUAUAACGUGCUCUGCCAUUUGUUACCCGGCCUGUACGUACACGUGGUCCAGAUCAGGGGUGACGGUCAGCUCUACAGCCAAACUUGACCUUGGUCAGGCGGAGAGAGCGGAGGCCGGAUCCUAUAUGUGUCAGGCAAGGAACCCUGGAUCAGGUCGCUCAAAGAAUGGACCAACAGUGAAUGUCUCAGUCAAAUGUAUAACAGAACAAAAGUUCACACCAGUUGUUUUUGUAGAUGCACCUGAUGUUGCUAUAAUCCAGUCGACUAAUUUAUUACUCGAAAACACACCACUUGAUCUCCUGUGCAAGGCAUCAGGAGUCCCAGCUGUGUACAACUUCACAGACUUUGUGCAACGAGUGGGUGAUGUGGUGGUCCUAAACAGUCACAUUGAGAGCCCGGGAGUGAUGGAUAGCAUAUCUGUCAACAUUUCCUCCCUCCAACUUCAGGAUACAGGAAUAUACACUUGCUACGUUCAUAAUGAAAUUACUGGCCUCAACAAACAACUCAUUCAGACUGCUUCACAACGAAUUGAUGUCUUAGCAGAGAAUGUGUGA